UUCUCUUGCCUCACUUCUCUUCUUUACUUUGCACAAGCCAAGUUCCAGCCCUGGACUUCCCACCCGCCACCUGCAGCCCUGAGUCCCCAGCUCCUUCCAGUGACCUUUCUCCAAACCCUAGCACCCGACCCGCAGGGGAUUGGGAACAGGUCUUCCCACCCUCUGCCCUCUGCCACCCAGGGGAGUGGCUCCUCAGAGAAGCCAGAUGGGGAAUGAGAACCCAGUGUCCCCCUGAUGGGCGAUGGGCGGGGUGCUGGAUUGGACCCCAGCCCUCCUACCAUGCCUCAGCCUACUCCGGGGGACACCCAUCUGGACAGGGGCCAUAAGAAGAGCCAAGGAAGGAAGAGCUCACCCCAGCUGGGCUCCUGAGCCAGGGCCAAAGCUCCCGUGAAGCCUCGGCACGCUCCAGCCCUGCGCGGGGCCAUCCUGCAUACCUAAUCGGCUAUUUAAGGAGCUGUGCACCGGCAACCCCUGCGGCACCCCCCACCACGUACACCCGUCCAGAGCUACCUUAAAAGCAGGAGGCAAUUGUGAAGUCGCUGGCCAGCAAGUGGACUGAAGACUGUAGAGUCCUCUAGUCCCCAAACUCCUGGAACCUGUUUCUUCUGGGGAUGCCAUGUUGUCCCUCAUCCUCCUGCUGGAGGUGAUUUGGAUCCUGGCUGCAGAUGGGGGUCAGCACUGGACCUAUGAGGGCUCACAUGGUCAAGACCACUGGCCAGCCUCUUACCCUGAGUGUGGAAGCAACGCCCAGUCCCCCAUCAAUAUCCAGACAGACAGUGUGACUUUUGACCCUGAGUUGCCCACUCUGCAGCCCCAUGGAUAUGACCAGCCUGGUGCUGAGCCCUUGGACCUGCACAAUAAUGGCCAUACAGUGCAACUCUCUCUACCCCCCACCAUGUAUCUGGAGGGACUUCCCCGAAGAUAUGUCGCUGCCCAGCUCCACCUGCACUGGGGUGAGACAGGAUCCCUGGGGGGGUCAGAGCACCAGAUCAACAGUGAAGCCACAGCUGCAGAGCUCCACAUUGUACAUUAUGAUUCAGAUUCCUAUGGCAGCUUAAGAGAGGCUGCCCCCAUGCCACAAGGCCUGGCCGUCUUGGGCAUCCUCAUUGAGGUGGGGGAGACAAAGAAUCCUGCUUACGAACACAUUCUGAGUCACUUGCAUGAAAUUAGGAAUAAAGAUCAGAAGACCUCGGUGCCUCCCUUCGACGUGGGAGGGCUGCUCCCCUCACAGCUGGACCAGUUCUUCCGCUACAACGGCUCUCUCACCACCCCACCCUGCUACCAGAGUGUGCUCUGGACUGUCUUCAACCAAAAGGCUCAGAUUUCCGUGGGACAGCUGGAAGAGCUUCAGGAGACACUGUUCUCCACAGAAGAGGAGCCUUCGGAGCUCCUGGUGCACAACUACCGAGCCCCCCAGCCUCUCAAUCAGCGAACGGUCUUUGCUUCUUUUGUCCAAGUGGGAUCCCUGUAUACCACAGGUGAAAUGCUGAGUCUAGGAGUGGGCAUCCUGGUCGGCUGUCUCUGCCUUCUGCUGGCUGUUUAUUUCAUCGCUAGGAAGAUUCGGAAGAAGAGGCUGGGAAACCGGAAAAGCGUGGUCUUCACCUCAGCACGCACCGCAGAGGCAUAGACUCCCUCUCAGACAGCGUGGAUGCCUCCCCCUCCUGCCAGUCAGGGGGCUUCUAAGAUGGGGUGCAGGGCCUGGCCAGAAAAUACUAUAGAAGUAAUGGGCAGACACCCCUCCCUCCUCCAGACAGCCUCACACACAGGCACGGACGGGCUCUCAUUCAAGGAAUAGCAGAGUCUUCAGCCUCUCAAAACAUAUGGAUCAGGACCAUUCCUCUGCUGACAACGCAGAGGGCAAAUUGUGUUCAUUGGUAGGGGAAGCUGGGGUGUGCCCCAAGGUCCUCCAUCCCCUUGCCUAUAUGUCCCUUUCCCUAAACAGAGGGCAGGUCGUCCCUUUAGGAAAAAGAGUUGCUGCUGUUGGGGUUAUAUUUUUUUGCUCAAUAUAUCUGGAAAUUAAAGUUUCUAACCCCACCUGUGGCCUUACCUUUGGGGCUCUUGAGAUUAGAGGAGUUAAUUCCUCAGGUGGCAGAGGUGUGCAAAGGACAGGGGGAAAGCAGCAUGGCAGAAAAACUCUUUUUUACCUCAGUCCUGCGAAGGAAGAUCCACUUCUGGAAAAUGUUUAACCCAAAGCUUCUGACAUCUGAGACCACCAGCCCCGAUUUUUACUCUCAUACCCAAGCCAUGCCGGAGGGGUGAAAAUUUCCCAGGUUAGGGAAGAGGUUGAGUGUGAGAAGUCUCAACUAGCGUGUCAUCCCCUCCCUCAAAAGCCACAUUCCCCCACAAUUAUAAAGUCCUUUUUAUUAGUCAAAAA